GUCAGUGUCAGUGUCAGUGUCUUUGUCUGUUUGAAUCAACCCUCAGAAUAGCGCAGUGAUUAACUUAUUCAGCACCUAGUAGGUAGUUAUUAACUAGUUAACUAAUUACUAGGUAAGUUCUACUCAGUUAGGGUAUCAUGGCCCCCCGACUUGCCCAUUUGGGAUUGGCUUCUGUUGAACCUGGUCAGGGUCGGAGUCUGUUAUCCUAUCCUGUUCUCCAUUCUUACAAUACGGUUUGUGUCGAUUCCUCCAUUAUUCCCUCAUCUCAUUCAAAUGGACAGCGUCUGUUGGCACCGUGGUGUAUCCUUAAUAAGCUGGGGGUUGUUAGUUAUCGCUUUCUCUUUGAUCGACGAGAUCUCCAGCCUCGUUUGUUGUGGUUCUAUAAGCAGACAGGCAGACUCGCACACUUUCCCACUCUCUUUACUCUUGACACUGACAUUGACACUUACACUGACACUUUCCCCUCUUUCCCCCUUCUUCUCACUCUAAGCUUGGGGGAGUUAGUCUAAUUGACCAUUGACUUACUAUUACUUCUCUCUGACCAAGGACUGUCCGCCACUAACACACACUAACUACACGACACUACGGGUACUC